CGUAAAAAAACAAAAGAACACGUCUGAAACGUGUAAGUUUGUCACUUGACUAACUCUUUACCAACUCCCCAAAAUACAGAAGAAAUCAAACAGAAGCAAACAUCGAGCUCUGAAACUGCGGUUAGAGAGAGAGGGAGAGCUUUUGGUGUAUGUUACAACCACAACUAUGCGUUAAAUGGAGGCUUAAGCCGCGGGUUUAGGUGUCCACCAACUGGUGGUUAGCCUUUGAAGCCCCAAGCCUCAAGCAAACAACAAGAGCAAGGUAACCAACAACCCCUCUCACAGAGAGAGAGAGAGAGAGAGAGAGAGAGAGAGAGUUUUUGGGUUCUUGAAAGAACUUUCCAGGGAUUGAUUUGGGCUUUCUUCUCUUGUCCCCACGUGUUGAAAGUUGGAAUGAUUGACGUUGAUUUGCAAUUAAAUUACUGGAGAAUACAAGGCAGGUUGUUGUUGGCAUUAGGAUCUCUUUGGAGUAAGUCCUUUGUCUCUGCCCCUCUCUUCUUUGCUCCCCAGUGGAGGGCAUCCCAUUCUUUUGUGGGUCUUUUCAGAUCCUGAGCAGAGCAAUAAGAGAUGGCUACUUAUUACCCAAGUUUAAGCAACCAAAGAGAUGUCAUGCCAGCCUCAUAUCUAUGGGACCAGAAGGCUGCUCCUUCUCCCGAACCUUCUCAUCUUCAUGAUAGUGCGAUGCAUAUUAGUCAAGCGUCUGCUGCAUCCUACACGGAUCUCCUCUCUGGGAGUUCUCUAUCUGUUCAUGAAUUUUCUCAAGUUUCAUCUGUUGGAGCCAGAGACGAGAUGGAAUUCAUUCCCCCUACUGGUGACCUCGUUAAUUUGGAACCAAACCAUAGUCAGCUAAAUAUCACAACAAGUGUUUCGGUUGACAAUGCUGUCAAUGUUGUAGAUGGUGAAGGAAAUUUGACAUGUCAAGGAUUAUCUCUUAGCCUUGGAACUCGGCUGCCUUCUUCUUUUGAUGUGUCCUCAUUUCAGUGUCAAUAUACUGAACCAGGUACCUCUCGUUCGUUGAGUACCCAUAUUCAAACAGAGGAUGGUUCUCAAAGUAAAGAAUCAAGAAAUGCCGAGUACUUCUCCUAUAGUUUACCCGGAGCUACCCCUAAUAUGGCCAAAGCGGGGGCUUUGAACAACCCUUACUACUCAAUGAGCACUGGCGAAAUGAAUUCUAGUUCACAUCCAUAUGAACCAUCGGUUCAUUUGAGCUUAGUUUAUAACUCUAAAUAUCUGAAGGCAGCACAACAAUUACUUGAUGAAGUGGUCAAUGUUCGAAAAGCUCUAGAGAAGUAUGAGACAGGCAAGAACAGUAAUUACAUGAAGUCUGGUCUUAGUGGUUCGGUGGAAAGGGACGUGGAUAAGCAGGGAAAUCCUUUUGACGCCAAUGAGUCUACUGCAAACUGCUCUUCUGAACUUUCAAUAUCAGAACAAGAGAAUUUACAGAACAAAUCAACAAAACUUUUGUCCAUGUUGGAUGAGUUAGAUAGAAGAUAUAGACAAUAUUAUCAUCAGAUGCAGAUUGUGGUGUCAUCUUUUGAAAUGGUAGCCGGGCACGGGGCUGCCAAACCUUAUACAGCUCUCGCCCUCAAAACAAUUUCUAGACACUUUCGCUGCUUGCGUGAUGCAAUCAAUAACCAGAUUCGAGAAAUUCGCAAAAGAUUAGGGGGGGACACCACAUCUGCUGGUCAAGGAGGAUUACCACGUCUUCGCUAUGUCGAUCAGCAGCUAAGACAACAAAGAUCCCUUGAACAGUUUGGUUUGAUGCCACAUUCAUGGAGGCCACAAAGAGGGUUGCCUGAAAGCUCGGUUACAAUUCUUCGCGCUUGGCUGUUUGAGCAUUUUCUUCACCCUUACCCAAAAGACUCGGAGAAAAUCAUGCUGGCGAGGCAGACAGGGUUAUCCAGAAGCCAGGUUGCAAACUGGUUUAUAAAUGCACGGGUUCGCCUUUGGAAGCCUAUGAUUGAGGACAUCUACAAAGAAGAGUUUGGCGAGAUAGACUCUAAAUCAUCACCAGAACCCGAAUCCAAAGCAGCAAGAGACAAUAAGCCUUCACCAUCUCGGGACAUUCCAGAAGAGUUGCCAGAAAGCAUGACAACUGGGGCUACAGAAGAGUUGGGACAAUUUGAUGACACAAAGUCUGAUCUUGUCACCGAUGUAGGAAUGCAAGGAUGCACCACAAGGCUAGGCUUUCAAAGCAGAAAUAACAUCUCAGAGUUGGGUACGCUGGGGCUUCAGCGCGGGGAACUGAAUCCACUGUCGGUUUCUGGUGCGAUGCAGUUCAGAGGGGACUAUGCAGAAGCUUCAUUGAUGAGCCAUGGCUUACCAGAUUAUCAUUACUUGGAUCAGUUACACCAACAACACACAGUUCCUGACUCAAACCUGUUACCUGAUCUUGUAGAAUGAGCAUUGCCUCGCCUCUUUCUGUCAAUGCCGAUACCAUCUCCCUGCAACGGAGGAAAAGCCUUGGCAGGGUAAUCCACAACUGGGGAAGAAGAAGAAGAAGGAUCAGAUUAGCUUGCAGCAUCAGUGUAGAUAUAUCAAAAUGUUCAAUAAGAUCAGCUUACUUGUAAAGAUAAAUCCCUGUGAUUUUGUUGAAUAAUGCAAUUUGUAUAGUUAGAUC